CGGCUCUUCAAUCGCCCGCCUCCCAUCUCCCUCCAGGCCGCAGUUGAAGCUAUUCGCAGCUCCUGUCCUCCCCCUCACAGCAGCAAUGUUGCCGGCAACGCGAUCCGCGGCCUCAAUGGCCCUCCGAGUCAAACCCGCCUCUGCGCUGAUUCCCUUCCGAGCCGCUGCCGCCUUCACAACAACUUCUCGACAAGAUGCCACCUCGCUGACCCCCCACUCCCCGAGCUUCGGCAAGGUUCGCAAGGAAGUUCCCCUCCCCAGCGAGGAGGGCACCAAGGGCGUCAUGCAAUAUGCGCUCACCACGCUCGACAUCGUCGCCAACUGGGCCCGUCAAUCCUCGCUCUGGCCCAUGACCUUCGGUCUCGCCUGCUGCGCCGUCGAAAUGAUGCACCUCUCGACCCCGCGAUACGAUCAGGACCGCCUCGGUAUCAUCUUCCGUGCCUCCCCCCGUCAGUCCGACGUCAUGAUCGUCGCCGGCACCCUGACCAACAAGAUGGCCCCGGCCCUGCGCCAGGUCUACGACCAGAUGCCCGAGCCCCGAUGGGUCAUCUCCAUGGGCAGCUGCGCCAACGGCGGCGGCUACUACCACUACAGCUACAGCGUCGUCCGUGGCUGCGACCGCAUCGUCCCCGUCGACAUUUACGUCCCUGGAUGCCCGCCCACCAGCGAGGCUCUCAUGUACGGCAUCUUCCAGCUGCAGAGGAAGAUGCGCAACACCAAGAUUACGCGAAUGUGGUACAGGCGGUAAAGGAAGAGCGAAGGGAAAGAAGGAACCAGAGGAAGAGAAGAGAGACGGCCAACGUUGGGUGAGAAUGUCAUGGUGGUUUCACGAACCGG